CCUCCGAUCCCUCCUUCAAGUUUGUGGGGACUGAGCUUGGGGACCUGAAAGCUCACCACAAACAGUCUGCACCCCUGCACCCUUAAUAGAUAUUUUUUUGAAAUAGCAAUUUGUGCUUCAGAUCUAUCAACCCCCUACAUCCAGCGACAGUGGACAUGGCUUCCGCAUCGGACAGCCAUCCUCUUUUUUUCAUGGAAGAUGACGAUGAGAGGAGUGACCAGGAGGAAUUGAGCCCAGGAGGAUCGAGAUCACCAAAAUAUACCGACGAGCCAGCGUCCUUGUUACAGACUGCUCGAACGCUCGUCGUGUCAUUGUUUCUUCCUUACACCGUGUCCAUCGAUCCAUCACCACCUGCGGUACAGCCAAACGCACCACUUGAACGGCGACGAAGUGUGGGUGCAAUAGAGUUCAAACGUCAGCGAAAAGCGUCCGAAUCUCGAGGCCUACGACCAGAUCCUCAUUGGUGGCAUAUCGAUACAUCUGGAUUAGGUAACAUUGGGCUACAAAAUGCAUUGAAAUCCAUGCAGAGUCGCAUGGCCGAUCCCAUCUGGAUUGGAUCGCUGGGGGUAUCCACGAAAGAUUGGUCAGACGAAACUAGAGCUAGCGUACGCUGCAAGCUAAGGAACGAAUAUAGCAGUGUCCCGGUGUUUCUUGCAGAUGAUGAAGUUGAAGGGCAUUACAAUCAAUUUUGCAAGCAGGUUCUGUGGAAACCGUUCCAUUAUCAACUACCUGAUUAUCCCAAAGGAGAAGCAUAUGAGGAGCAAGCAUGGAAGCACUACAUCGCAGUCAACCAAAAGUUUGCCAAUGCAAUUGCGGAGACUUAUCGAAUAGGCGAUAUUGUUUGGAUCAACGAUUACCAUCUAAUGUUGGUACCGGCAAUGGUGCGCCAGCUAGUGCCAGGGGCGAUCAUUGGCUUCUUUCUUCAUAUCCCGUUUCCGAGUUCUGAGAUAUUCCGCUGUCUCCACGUUCGAAAGCAGGUGUUGGAAGGAAUGCUGGGCGCCGACUUGAUAGGGUUUCAGACGUAUCCCUUCAUGCGGCACUUUCUCAUGACGUGCACGCGGUUGCUGGCAUUGGAAUCAACCCCCCGAGGAGUACAACUGGAAGAUAGGGUUGUUUCCGUGAUGCCUAUACCGAUAGGUAUCAAUUUAGAUGCGUUGAAUGAAAAGAGAAACCAUCCCGAAGUUGCGGAAAUCCUUGCGUCAUUACGAGAAAAAUACGAUGGGAUGAAAGUCCUUAUUGGAAGAGACAAAAAUGAUUACGUGAAAGGGGUCCGCCAAAAAAUGCUAGCUUUUGAGCGAUUCCUAAAGGAUCAUCCUGAAUGGCAGGGCAAGGUUGUCUUGAUCCAAGUGGUUUUAUCCACUACUGAGGCUAAUGAGAAUGAGUGCCGGGUGUCCGAUGUGGUUGCCAGAAUAAAUUCUCGCUUCGGAAGCAUUGAGUAUUCGCCCGUUGUCUAUUUGCAUCAAGAUAUAUCCUUCAGUCACUAUUUGGCACUAUUGACACUAGCCGACGCAUGUGUCAUUACGUCGCUACGGGAUGGAAUGAACCUAACGUCACACGAAUAUGUUGUAUGUCAAGAAGAACAUCAUGGGCCGCUCGUGAUCAGUGAGUUUGCUGGAACAUAUGGAAGCUUUGGUGCUGCUCUCAGGGUGAACCCCUGGGACGUUCGUGAGGUUGCUGACGCCAUCAACGACGCAUUGACCAUGGGCGAUGAGGAUAAGGCUUUCCGCUGGAAGGAACUGUACUCCCACGUAGUUGGAAACACUGCACAAACAUACGUUGAGACUUUUACCAGCGAGCUUGUGAAAGCGCACGAAGAAGUUGCGCAAACUGUUUCCACCAGUAUACCUCCUCUGCCAACAGAUCAUGUAGUGGCAGAGUACGCGCAAACUCGGAAACGAAUCUUUUUCUUAGAUCAAGAUGGAACGAUCAUGAAUUUCAACAAACAUUCAUCGAGCAAUUUGCUAUCAAACCGAAUCCCUACUGAAAAAGUUGUAAAUCUCGUGAAAGCUCUAGCCAAUGAUCCACGAAAUAUUGUAUAUAUCAUGAGCGGGCGCUGUAAAGCGGAGAUGAAUGACUUCGCAAGAAUACCGAAUGUCGGAUUGUGUGCUGAGAAUGGCUGCUUUUUGAAAUAUGCGAAUCGACACAAGUGGGAAACUAUGUUACCUGAUCACGAUUUAUCCUGGCGAAAGCAGGUGCUGGAAAUCUUCGAGUAUUACACAGAUCGAACACCAGGCUCUUAUAUAGAGCAGAAGGAGAUAGGCAUGGUAUGGCAUUAUGGACACGCGGACAUGAGUUUCGGUUCAUGGCAGGCAGCCGAAUGUCAAAAUCAUAUUGAGCAAGCUCUGACAGCGUCCUAUGCGAUUCAUGCUUUGGCAAAGAAACGCAGCAUUGAGGUGAUGCCACGAAAUGUAAACAAGGGGACCGUGAUCCGUAGAGUGCUGGAGCAUCACCAAGGGCGUGGCCCAUAUCAUCGUCGGAUCAAGCGAGCACAAUCAGCAAUUUCGGGACAGGCUGUGGAUUUGGCAGAGCGAUCGCUGGACAAGCGACGCAGCUUUUCUGGAAGUAGCGCACAUGACACCGACACAGAGAAUACACAGGAACAAGGGGAUGGUCAUGUCGAAGACGGACAUGGAGGAGAGACCGACAGCCAAGAUGUGGCCCUGGCGCUGCCCACUCGCGAACGCGUAGACUUCAUAUUUUGUGUUGGCGAUGAUCGAGCGGACGAGUAUAUGUUUGAGUACCUGAGGCGGCUUGAGCUUCACUCGCACAAGAAGGAACUUGCCCGCGGCGGUGAUCUGUCUGGUGAUCUCUUUGGGGGUUUGGAUGACAUUCGAAGCAUUGGGUCCUCGACUUUCCCUUCUCCAGCGUAUCUCUCUGCGCCUUUCUUUUCAGACUUUAGCGAGCACAGAGUGGCCCAAAGUCCGUCCGAGCUACCGGUUUCCAACAUAUCCUUCAAUGAAUCCUCUCUUAGUGCGGAUCUGCAAGGUAAAAGUGGGAUGGACGCCCAAACGGAGGAAGAACAGGCGUUUGAGGACGGAUUGUCUGGCUUGAGCCAUUCACAAUCUCUCUCUGGUCACACAAGCUUUACGGACGCAUUUCCUACCAUGUCCGACAUGUCCUCUCUACCCUUUUCCCUUGAAAUGCCAUCGCAUCGAGGGGUUACGAGCCCUCAGGCUUUACCUCUCAAUUCAUACACCACUCGACGGCGCCGCUGCGUGAUAACAGCAACAGUAGGAAAAAAGAGCAGUGCGGCAAAGUGGUUCUUGACUGGACCGCAAGAGGUUCUUGGCUUGCUAGAACGGUUAUUGGAGUGUGGCAAGGCCAAAGGGGGGAGGAGCACGGUGCCGGAAGGGGGAAGAGAGCUGCAGUCAGUGUGAGUUUUGUCUGUUGCGCGUUUUGUGACCUUGCAUUUCGUACCUAGUGGGUCUGCUAGUGGCCAAGAUGGUGAUCCCAUUUGAUUUUGUAUUAUGUUAUGUAUAUCCUGAUAUGUGAGCUCGGAGAAGAUGUAUUUUGAAAACACGGACCCAUAUCUGCGUGUGGA